AUGCCCCACAAGGAUCCCUUCCGGCCGUCCCGUGCUGGCAGCGCUCCGUUCUCGUCGGCACGGCGCGUUGAGCGGCGGUGGGUGCCUGCCGGGGGGAUCUUUGUCCGAGGCACAGAACCUUCUGCGGGACUCCGAGGGAAAGUCAAACUACUAAAACCCAACAUAACCGAAGCUAAAAGUGAAAGAUGUAGUGGAGAAGAUGCAGCUGUAACUCUUUCACACAAGAAUCUUCAGUCCAGAUGGCAAAAGUAUUUCUUGCUGUGUGUCAAUUACUUUUUUUAUGGGGAGACUGUGGCUGAUUACUUUGGUACGUUUGUUCAGAGAAGAGAACAGCUUCAGUUCUUAAUUCGUUACCACAGGUUCAUCUCUUUUGCGCUCUACUUGGCAGGCUUCUGCAUGUUUGUUCUGAGUUUAGUGAAGAAACACUAUCGUCUGCAGUUUUACAUGUUCGCAUGGACUCAUGUCACUUUGCUGAUCACUGUAACUCAAUCUCAUCUAGUCAUCCAAAAUCUCUUUGAAGGCAUGAUCUGGUUUCUGGUGCCAAUUUCGAGUGUUAUCUGCAAUGAUAUUGCUGCUUACAUUUUUGGAUUCUUUUUUGGGAGAACUCCAUUAAUUAAGCUGUCUCCCAAAAAGACCUGGGAAGGGUUCAUUGGAGGCGGCUUCUCCACAGUUCUAUUUGGAUUUGUUUUUUCCUAUUUCUUGGCUCAGCAUCAAUACUUUGUCUGCCCAGUGGAAUAUAACAGUGAAACCAACAGAUUUGUGACAGAGUGUGAACCUUCAGAGCUUUUCCAGCUGAAGAAAUACUCUGUGCCACUAUUGCUUCAGGCUGUGUUGGGAUGGGAAACGGUGAAUAUGUACCCAUUCCAGAUGCACAGCAUUGCACUGUCAACAUUUGCCUCACUAAUUGGGCCAUUUGGAGGAUUCUUUGCCAGUGGAUUUAAACGAGCUUUCAAAAUCAAGGAUUUUGCAGACACAAUCCCUGGGCACGGUGGCAUAAUGGAUCGCUUUGAUUGUCAGUACUUGAUGGCUACUUUUGUUCAUGUUUACAUCACCAGUUUCAUAAGGGGCCCAAAUCCCAGCAAAGUACUGAAGCAGCUGUUGGUCCUUCAGCCCGAGCAACAGCUCAAUGUGUACAGAACUCUGAAAUCUCAUCUUGUCGAAAAAGGGAUCCUGCAGCCAUCUCUGCGAGGAUAGUUUGUCAGAACAGAGGAAUGGUGAGAAAAAGACACACAGACGUUGUCUGUGGAAAAGCACUGUAAAUGUGCACAAAGGUAAUGGUUGGAGGAAGACUACAUCAUGAUCUGGAAGAGGUGAAUGUUUCUUUCCUUAAAGGAAUGCGAAUGCUGUGACUUUCCAAUAGGAUACAGGAGAACAGUUAUUCCUAAAAUAAUUAAAAUGCUUACAGAGUAACAGUACCCAUGCUAUGUAUUUCAUUUCCCACAGUGAAUGGUAGCAGGCCUUCUUCAGCACUCAGCCUGACAACGUUUGUAUUUUAAAAAGCCCUUUUUAAGAUGUCCUGGAUUAGAACAGUGAGACUGAACUCCCCAUGAGCUACACGUCCAGCAAACUUUAGUUUAGUUAGAAAUUUCUCAAUUGACUGAUGGCUUUUAAUGAGUUCUCCAUUACUGUAUGUCAUAGCAAUACUUUUUUGGUGUAAAGUGGUUACUGUAGUUAAAAUACAGAAGAGGCAGGCAGUUGCUCGUUUAACCAGCUGGUCGUUGAAGACAGAGUUGGCCAGAAAAUCCACGUUUGCCUGGUCAAAGCAGUGCUGAUGGACUGCUCUGUCAGACCUCCUGUAUUUACUGAGUCACUGUGAAGGUGAAACUUUGCUGUGCUUUUAACUAAUCAGCUUUCUUAUGAAACUACUUCAUCCUUUCAAGAGGGAGAUAUCUGUACUGGAGCAUAAUGAGCUGAUUGGGCUGUGGAGAUGCUGUUUUUUAAAAGUAAUGUUAUGGACUGCAAAGAAGCACACACGUCUGGGAGCAGUAAUUGCCUGAAGGUGGGAUUCUCCAACCCUGUAACCAGAUUGGAAAGAAUUUGGAGCUUAAGAUUUUGGUUUCCACAGGAUAAUCAGUGUCUGAAGACAUUAUUUCAAGCCUUAUUCCUUGUGCCUAUUUACUACUGUGUAGAAGGGGAUUUUUUUCUCCCUUGUAAAAGCACUUUGAGGUCAUAUUUUAUUCAUGUCUUACUGAGUGAAGGCAGAAACUUUUAUCUCAUAAAUGUGCGUGAUGCAAGACGAUGCAUGGCUCUGCUGUUGUGUGGUACUGUUUACUAAGAGGAUCUUCAAGCAAGUCUGGGCAACAACAUAGGGAUUCAAAUGAAUUUCUGAAGGAAGCAGUUACAGUGUAGGAUUAGUGGGACACAUGAGAAAAGCUGAUGCUCUGCGUUUCUCAGUCCUGGCCGCUUUCUAACUUCUUAAUGCAAAUUAAAAGAAAGACUUUCUGAGAUGAUAAAAAUGGUUCAUUU